UCCAAUCUUUACGCUCUGCUCUUGAUGAACAGCGACGGAUAGGUAUGAUGAAUGGAAGUGAAUGUUCUACACCACCUUUGGCUUUCCGCAAUCUGCAACAAUCACCGCCAGACAUAAACGAGCAAAUUAGGCGUAUCCUUUUCAACGGAGAUAAUGGUCAACAUUUUCAACAAAAUACUCAACAAAUGGCUCAUUCCAAUUCAUUCCCUUUAAGUUUAUGCUCAACUGUUGCAUGUUCUAGUAGUCAACAAACAGUACCACGCAUUCACCAUCAACAACAAAAUUCUCAUCAGCAUUAUCAACAAUCAUUCCCUGCCUUUAUGCCUAUGUCAAACUCAUUUUCGUUUUCACCAGGCUCUCAGCAGCAACAAAUAGUUGCUUAUACUCCGCCACUUUGGAGAGUUUCUUCACCACCUACAAUUCCUCCACAUUUGGGCCACUCUUCAAAACCACAAGCUUCUCCAAUGGCUCGUAAACUGGCUGCUGAGCUUGAUGAACUACGUCGUUCGGGUGCACUUUUAUCAAGUAGCGGAAUACAUCAUCAUCCACAAUAUUCUAGUUCAAGUCUUCCUAGGUCUAUACAUUCGAAGUCUAAUUCACUUGGCUUUUGCGCACCAAAGCUGGCCUAUCAACAACAACCGAAUAUUUACGGAGAAAGCGAUGACGAAAAUGCCUCUCGUUUCUCUUCAUCUGCAAGUAAUUCUCAACAAAAUGGCAGUAGAUUUAAUCAUAACAAAAAAGAAAAGCGAGUAAGACGACCACGUUCUACAUUACGUUCAUUCCUUGGUAAAUUUGCUCAUCGUGGAAAUUCUCUCCAGGAUUUAAGGCCAUCACCUCGUCUGCCUUCACCUAUUUCUUUUCUUAAUACAAAUGUACCAGUUCAAAAAAUUGAUUCAACAUUGAUUUGUUUAAAUCCUCAUAUUAAACAAUUUGUUGAAUGGGAUGGGCACAAAUGUACUCGGUGGCUUAUUGAAUGUGGAUUUGAUGGUUUCAUUUUUGAUGCUAUUCAUAGUGGGCGCCACUUAUUAAAUAUGUCGGACAAAGAUUUUGAGCGUGAUUUGGGAAUUAAAAGUGCUUUACAAAGAAAAAGAUUGAAAUGUUUGCUGACUAGAAUUGAGAAAAAAAUUGAUAAUGGUGAAAUCGAAGCUGUUGAUAGGCUUGACACUAAUCAGGUUAUGAUUUGGUUGGAUCUGAUAGGAUUGCCUCAAUUUAGAGAUCUUUUUGCCAGUUAUCGAAUGGAUGGCCGUUUGCUACUCGAAUUAUCAGCACAAGAUUUAUUAGAACUUGGAAUUCAUUCAGCAUUGAAUCACGCAUCAUUGGCAAGAGCCAUACAAUUUUUGCGAUCUGCAGAAUUUCAUCUUCACCGAAUGGAGGAGCAUUUCAAUACGGAUUCAUUGACCAGAACUUCUGUGCCUAAUGAAGUGGAACGUUGGAGUCAUGGUUGUACUCUUGGUUGGCUUUGUAGCAUUGAUCUUUCUGAGUUUACACAAAAUUUGGCCUUCUCCGGUAUCCACGGUGCAUUGCUUGUGUUAGAGCCUACAUUUACAUCAGAAUCACUCGCAGAAUUAUUACAAAUUCCAGUACAGAAAACUUUACUUCGACGUCAUUUAACAACACAAUUCAAUACCCUUCUUGGUCAAAAAGUGAUAACCCACAAGAGAGAUGUAGUUUCACAACCUUUUGUAACACAUUUAACGCCUUCACUACGUAUAAAGUUAGCAAAAAAAGGUGUCGGUGUUGGUUUUUCAUUGUCACGGAAAAAGUCAAAGUCUGAUAUAUUUGUCGAGCCAGAAGUUCGAGUAUGCCCAGCUGAGGCGAAUGGAAAUACUGGUGAGGCAAUUACCAAUGUUUAA